AUGGUGCGCCGCACAGUGACUGCCCGCUCGACAAAGGGUGGGGCGUCGCGUGGUCGUCAGUCCAGACGGAAGGACGAUGAUGAUAUCCCAGAAGUUUACCGGGAGAUGCUGGCAGAAGAAGAAGAACGAGAGUCUCAUGUAUCAGAAAAUGACCGACCUCUGAAAAGACGGAAAGUUACAGAGCAACCUGCUCCGGUAGAUCCUCAGCCUAAGAGUCAAGAGAUUCCCUUGGAAAAGAGUGAGGAUGUCGACAGGCCAGUACAGACAGCUUAUGACUCGACUGCCUCUGAUGAUGACGACUCGGAUAUGGAGUGGGAAGAGGUGGAUAUCUCCCAAGCUCCGUCUACUUUGAAUCAAACAACUUCCACAUCUCAAGGGAACGAUGAACCGAUCCAGAUCACCUUUGAUCAACAGAAAGAGAAAGACAAAAGAAAGAUCAUCAGGCGAAAGCCAGUCUCCGCAGCGGAGAGAAAGUUGCGAUUAGAUAUCCAUAAAGUCCAUCUUCUAUGCCUUCUCCGUCAUGUUCAGCUUCGGAACCUCUGGUGCAACGAUGAAGAUGUGCAGGGGUUUCUUAAGAAAAUGCUUUCAAGACAAGUUAUAUCUCUGUUGAACCCGGCAGAAAGCAAGCCGCAAUAUAGUAGGUCGACAACAUUUGUCGACGGACUUAAUCAAGCCAGUGAUGCCUUUAUGAGAAGGUUCAGGGUAACGAAAUCGGGACUGAAGCAGGCACACUGGGCAGAUGGCCCGGAUUCUUUGAAACAGAAGAUGGAGUCCAUCAUGUUCGAUCCCGAGGUUUUCUUGUCCAAGGAGGAUUUUAAAAAACAGGCCAAGACUUUGCAAGGCUCUCGUGACUUUGGAGCUCAGUUAUUCUGUGCUUUGCUACGGUCUGCAGCCGUGGAGGCAAGGUUGGUUUGUUCAUUGCAGCCACUGCCCUUUUCCGGAGCAGUGAAGAAGGAUUCGACUUCUAAAAGACCCGAGUCGAAAUAUAUUAUCGUAUCAUCGGAUGAUCAUGAAACUUCAACCGAUGAACGAUCAAAAUCAAACACUCCAGCUCCUCAAAGGGGCCGGAGGCUUGGUCGACCACAAUUCGCACCGUCUCUUCCACAGACCUCAGUACGCUCGGGUCCACUCCCGAGCCCGCGAGAAUCGUUGUAUCCGGUGUUUUGGGUCGAAGCUUUCAAUGAGGCAGUCCAGAAAUGGAUUCCCAUUGAUCCUCUGGUGACGAAAUCACUUGCGAAGCCCUCCAAAUUUGAACCACCCGCUAGUGACCAGUACAAUAAUAUGUGCUAUGUGGUUGCAUUUGAGGAAGACGCUUCAGGGAGAGACGUCACCCGUCGCUAUGCAAAGGCUUUCAAUGCAAAGACACGUAAACUUCGGGUCGAGUCCACCAAAAAUGGAGAGAAAUGGUGGGCGAAAGCUCUAGCAUUCUACGAAAAGCCAUUUCCGGAAGACCGGGAUGAGAUCGAAAUUAGUGAACUAACUGCCAAAACCGCAGCUGAGCCCAUGCCGCGGAAUGUACAGGAUUUCAAAAACCAUCCUAUAUAUGCCCUGGAGAGACAUCUUCGUCGAAACGAGGUUAUCUUCCCGAAGCGGGUAAUCGGACAGGUUGGUCUUAGCAAGACAGGGCCAAAGAGCCAGGCGUUGGAACCCGUCUAUCGUCGUACCGAUAUCCAUGUUCUUCGAGGUGCAGAUGGAUGGUAUCGCUUAGGACGGGAUAUCAAAAUGGGCGAACAGCCCCUCAAACGGGUUCGGGCUAACAGAAACAAAAUUGGUGAUGUGAAUUACGAUGAGAAUGGCAUCAUCGAGGAUGUGGAAACGGCUCUCUACGCAGAUUUUCAAACAGAGCUUUACAAACCGCCACCCGUCGUCAAGGGGAAAAUACCGAAAAAUGUCUACGGUAACCUUGAUAUAUACGUGGCGAGCAUGGUUCCCCCGGGCGGAAUUCACAUAAAGCGCUCUGAUGCCGCACAUGCUGCCAAAAUCCUCGGUAUCGACUAUGCGGAUGCCGUAACAGGAUUCGAGUUCAAAGGACGCCAUGGAACAGCUGUGGUUAAGGGCAUUGUUAUAGCGAGCGAGUACCAGGAAGCUCUUGAAGAGGUCCUGAACUGUCUUGAAGAAGACCGAGUACGGACCGAGCUCGAAGGGAAAUCGGCAGAAGCUCUUGGGCUGUGGAAACACUUUUUGCUUCGACUUAGGAUUGCGGAACGAGUCAAAAACUAUGCGGUCGAAGGUGACGAAGAUAUUGAUGACGUGAAUGACGAAGACUAUGAGGAAGCAGAAGAAGCGGAAUCCAUGGGUGGUGGCUUCUUCCCUGAACCUGGCCAGGAAACGAGGAGUCCACCCUUGAAUCUCAAUACUCGAAUGUCUGGACAAGCCGUUUCUAAUGUCCAUGAAGCCGAAAACAAUCUUACUGGCGCAGAUGAAGACGAGUUUCUCGGUGGAGGAUUUUUGCCUGAAGAGCCUUUGGACAGCAUGGAAGAGCCUGAGCCUUUACCGUUAAAUCAAACAAACAGUAUUGAGAUCGCAGGCAGGACGCAGACGGCAAAUGCACCUCGUUUUUCACUCGUCGUUGUUUCGAAUGAUCAAACCCGUCCUAGAGACAAUAUGGACUCUAAACCAGAUGGCAAUUCUUUUACUGAUGCCAUGCAGGGAAACGCACCGGCAGAAUCUAAAGAUACCACAGAGGAGGUGCACAAAGACCAUGGAGGGUCAUCAGCAGCCCCUGCAAUGGUGGAAUCCAGGGGUUCAAAACCGGAUAACGUUGAAGAAGUAUCACAAGGUGCAUCGCAGACACAGUUAAAGGCCGAGUCCCCGGAAUCCAUGGAAAAGGAAUCAGGAAGUAAUGACGAAGGAUCGUUGCUAUCACAGGAUCCUGAUGAUGAGGAUGCAAUUCCUGAAUGGUUGAUGUGA